AUGUAUCCUUUUAGAGCAAAUAAAUCAAAUUCUUAAGAAUCUUUUUUUGUAUUGCUAGUUGAUGGAACAACUUCAAUGAAUGCACAUUAUCCAAUAUUUUUGAAAUGUUUUCAUAAAGUAUUCAAUAGUAUCAAACAUAAAUUGGCUUUUCAAUUUGGUAUAUCAUAAGAUAGAACUGAUUCUGUUUUAUAUGAUAUUAAUAAAUACUUAGAUCAUAGGGAAAGCAAUUUCAAUAAAGUUUUUAAGUAAUUAUUUGAAAUUUUGAUUACUUAACAUAUAGAUAAAAAAUAUUUGACGAUAUGUUUUAUUUCAGAUGGAGUUGAACCUUUUAUUUUUGAUGAAUUUCUUCCAUUAGUCAAACAAAUAACUUCAAUAUUCUAAAUCUAAUUUGCUAGCAUUGCUGUUGGCAAAAAUUUCCCAACAUUGAUAAGCAAUUAAUUAAGAGAACGAUUGCAUAACAAUGGAAAUUUAGAUUUUCCAUUUAUCUAUUAAGUUAUGGAUCAGGGUUAAAUAAGAUAAGAAUUAGAUGAUUAUAAUAAUGUAAUAAUCAAUCCUUAGGAUGAAAAUAAAAUUAUUUAAGAGUUUACGGAUGCAUUUGAGGGUUUAAAGUAAUAAUUGAUUGUAUAUACUGGAAAUAUUGAAUUGAAUGAAAUAGUAUAUAAAUCAUUCAUAUAGAAUGAAGAUUAAGCAACAAAUGUUGUUUAAUGUAAUUAAGUAUUUUUAGCAACUAAUCCCACUGUUGAAACUAAAAAUAAUUAAGUAAUCUAAUGUUCUUAAGAUGUUGAAGAUUUUACUUAAAUUUAGAAAGGAAGUAUUUAAUAACUAUUAAUACAUUUGUAAGCCAAUAAUAAAAUUGAGGAUAGUUAAAAGGAAUUUAAGAAACUUUUAGAUAUUUCUACAAAAAGUUAACGACUAUUAGUUCAAAUAAAUUAAUAAAAAAAUCCAACCAAAGAUUAAUAAUAAAUUAAUAAUCAUCCAAUUCUUAAUGUAAUGAAUGAAUUAAUGAAUUAAUUUGUAUAAACUAAUUAUGUAGCCUCUCUUAAAAAUAAUGAAAAUGAAUAUGCAUAAUUAUAAGCAAAUCUUGAAAAAAAUCCUGAAAAAUGCAUUAAAUAAAGUGUAGAAUAUUCUAAGAGUUUUCCUUAAGGUAUUUUUAUAAUUUUAUAAAUUAGUUUCUCAGUUUUAAAAUAUAAUUUAAGAUCAACCAUAAUAACUUAAGGAUAUUGAAAUCUAACCUAUUUAACAUAUUCAACUAGAAUAAAAAGUCUAAAAAAAAUAAAAUAUUCAACAUCAUUAGUAAAAUAUCAAUGAAGUUAAGCUAAAUUCUAAAUUAAUUAUAUUGAUUGAUUCUUUUAAAAUAUCAGAAUUAUAGGCAGAGGAUAUAAUAAAUUAAAAAAAAAUUAUUUUUAAUAAAUAAGAAGAAGAAAAUGUAUUAACUCUUUGGUGGGCAGAUAGUAUUUAAUAAAACCCAAAAUUUAAUAGUGAAGGCUAAUAAAUACCUUUAACAUAAGCAAUCUAAUAAAUAUUUGGUAUAAUAGAAUAAGAUUAAUCAGGUAUCACAAAUUUUAUUAUUUGGUUAAUUAUAUCAGGAUAGCAUCAAGUAGACUUUUAAUCUUUAAAAAAAUAAUAACAAUAAAUAUAAUCAUAAAAUAAAUUGAUAGCUUUUACAACCUUAAUAAUUGAAAAUAAUUAAUAAAAUGAUGAUGCCAAAAUGGCUUAAUUAAAAUUAUCACUUGAAUUAAGAAGAUAACUUCAUACAAAUUAUUAAACUCAUUCUCUCUAAGUAUCUGUUAGAGUUAAGACAUAAGAAUUUCAUUCAUAUUUAAAUCAAUAUUUUAUAAUGGUUAAGGAUUAUUAAAACAAAUUUUAUAGAAUUUAAAGAAAAGGAUGUUAUCUUAGAGGUAUCACUCUACAAAAAAAUGCAAUGCAUUUAUUAAAAUAAUUUAUAAAUGAUAUAGAGUAGUUUAGACAAUAAUUCAAUGAAGAUAUGGAAUUUAUAUAAAUUCUUAAAUAAAUAAAACAAAAAUAUUAUAAAAUGAUGAAUAAUUUUAAAGAACAAGAGGUUCCAAAUGAAAAAUAUUGUUUAGCAAAACUCAAUACAAUUUUUGAAUUAAUUGAUAGAAUCAAUUUAAAUAAUCAUUGUGAUUUCUUAGAUGAAAUAUUUAAAAUAAAAUUAGGAUUUUAUGAUAGGAAUUAGAAAGUAGUUGAUAUUAAAUAAUUGAAUAAGGCAAGAAAUAUAAUGUAGAAUAACAAUUAGUCAUAACCAUCAUUAAUUACAAGGUCAGCUCUUGCUUUAAUAUUUAUUUACUUAUUUUCAUGGAUAAUGAGAAAUUAUUUAUGA